AAACCGGGGUUUUGCUCACUUGCCUUGAAGGGCAUUUCUAAUAGAGGACGCCAUUUGUUGUGUAUUUGAGUCCAAAAUCGUAACCUUAACUCCAACCGUAGUAGCAGCAACGGUAAGUCGCGCGAUAUUUUGCGACGGUGAGGACUUCCCUUCCAGACAACGAGUGGGCGGAAUGUGAGAGACGGAAAAGGAACUGUUAUCGUCGACCGACUGUAAUAUAGCUCUUAAAAAUAUGAUUUAGACGUAAAGAAAUAGCAAGAACAGUGCUGUGACGGUUUUUUUGUUCGGUUUAACAGAUAUUUUUAUGUUUUACUUCUAUUGUGUGAGUCUCUUUACAGCUGCACACAUUACGCAACAUUUACUUUGUCGUAAGAGGAACUGGCCUGUUUGUUCGAGCCAGCUAUAAUGGAGAUUUUACGAAACGCACAGAUUUCAUGGUGAAAGAUAUGGAUUAAACAUCGUCGAAAUGAUCCGCCACAUUUGUGUAGGGGCGGUUUUGAUGCUGUUAUUUGACAUAGAGGGGACAUUCUGCUUAAAUCCACCACAGGAUGUCAAAAUUUCCAGAUCAAAUCUGCAGUGGAAGAGUCCUCCCAAUGCUGGCAGUGUGCUGUAUUCACUGCAGUAUAAACUUGGCUCCAAAUCAGAUGAAUGGUACAAUGUGACAAGUCAUAAUAGGACAGAUUUAAAGUUUUAUAUCACGCCUGAGUUCUAUGGAGCAAUAUUUCGAGUACGUGCAGAGAAAGGAGGCAACGUGUCUGAAUGGCAGGAUUCAAAAAAAGUUGAGUGUGUAAAUGUUAACUCUUGUGUUCCUGUGAUGAAACUGUUUGUAAAACCUGAAACGGUUUGUGUGACUUUAUCACAUAUGGACGAGAGCUUAAAAAAUGAAUAUGGAGACCAUAUUGAAUUUGAUGUAUCAUUCUGGAAAAUGGAUAAUGCAGGAUCGAAGGAACAUUUUAUUACAAAGAGCAAGAACGAAUGUUUUCCUAAACUGGAAUCAGAGCAAAACUACUGUUUCCAGGUUCAGUAUUUGCUCUAUGAAAAUCCUCAUGGAAAUGUUAGCAACCAAACUUGUGUAUUCACCCCGGAAUCACCUGAAAUGAUAAAGAGGAGGGCUUUGCUCUUUAGUAUAUUAACCACACUUCUCGUUACGGCUAUGUGUGGAGUGUGCAUUUUUCUGCUUUUUAAACACCACAAAAAGAUCAAAAAGUUUUUACAGCCACUCCCCCUGGAAAUUCCUCGCCACUAUCAAGAGUUUUUUAGAUAUGGGGAGUUUCCUCUGAAAACAUGUCCCAGCAGUCAAAGUUUACGGUCAUAUGACAUGAUCACAGUAAUAGAGAACAGCAAUGUGGAGCAGAAAAGCCAAGAAGAGGAACAAGAAAACAAAUCUUUGUCUUAACUGUUGUGUUUGUCUUUAUAUGCAUAUUCUUAGGUUAAGUAAUAUGCUUUGCACAUCAGUAAGUGAGCUUACAAAUACAGAUCUGUCUUGUGUAAAUACAGAUUGUUUUAAAUACUGGUCCAUGAUCAGAAAACAGUUAUAUAUUGCUGUACUUGGAGUAUUUUCUUUACAUUUAUUUUAGCUAUUUGGGUUAGGUUACAUAGCAAUGUUCAACAUUUCUAGCACUUUUAACACUAAAUAUGAAAAUCAUUAUUUGUUACACCAGUUUUGGGACAGUGUAAUCACUAUCUGCAUCUACUCUGCAUAAGUAUCAAGAAUGGGACAAGCUGGGAUAUUCCUACCUAUAACCAUUUAAAUAAGUUUGCAAAUCACUGUAAUCAUUUCAUUUGCUUGUAAUUUUUUGGCACUAACUGUGAUUGGCCACUGAUUUUCCUUUCGUGUUACAACUCAACUCCUGUUACAACCCAAGACACAAGUGCUUAAGUAUUGCAUUUAGUAUUGAAUUAUCUUAAUAUUAUUUAAAAUUCCUUCUUAAUAGCAGUAUACUUUUUGCGUAUUUAUACACUACCAGUUUUUGAACAGUAGGAUUUUUAAUGUUUUUUAAAAAAAGUCUCUUCUGCUCACCAAGCCUGGAUUUAUUUGAUCCAAAGUACAGCAAAAACAGUACAAUUUUAAAUCAUUUUUACUAUUUAAAAUAACUGUUUUCUAUUUGAAUAUAUUUUAAAAUGUAAUUUAUUCCUGUGAUUUCAAAGCUGAAUUUUUAGCACCAGUCACAUAAUCCUUCAGAAAUCUUUCUAAUAUUUUGAUUUGCUGCUCAAAAAACUUUUUAGGUUUCUUUGAUGAAUAGAAAUUUCAGAAGAGCAUUUAUCUGAAACAGAAAUCUUUUGUAACAUUGUAAAUGUUUUUAUCAUCUGAAGACUGGAGUAAUUAUGCUGAAAAUUUAGGUUUGAUUACAGGAAUAAAUUCCAUUUUAAAAUAUAAUCAAAUACAAAACAUUUAAAUAGUAAAAAUAUUUCAAAAUUUUGCUGUUUUUGCUAUACUUUGCAUCACAUAAAUGCAGGUUUGGUGAGCAGAAAAUAAUUCUUUAAAAAACAUUAAAAAUCUACUACUUUUGACUGGUAGUAUACAUGUUUUAUUUCUGAAUUUUGUGUCUUUUUUUCGUGACAUUUAUUUGGUUGCCACAAUUUCAAAAAUAUAACAGCAUAGCAUUUCAUUUGUCAAAUACGGUUAUCUACACUGAUGAAUGUGAAUGAAAGGAGGAUUUUUUGAGGUGUUGUCUUGGAAAAUUAGAGUCUGUCAGAGCUCAAUAACAUGUUAAAAUUGGGUUGCUUUUGAUAAAAUCUUGAGCUUGUUUGUAUUUUUAUGUUAUAGUGGGAAAAGCUGAAGUAUUUUAAGUAUGUAAGCCUUAAUAUGUCACAGUGGCCAUUUGACAAGCAAUGCUAAGUUAACAGUUGUUGUGGUCACUAUUUUUUACACUGUAAAAAGCAAAUAAAUUAAUUGUAGUUUGA